UCGCGCAUUUGGCUUGCACCAUGGAAUACGUUGUUAUUGGUUCGGGAAUUAUCGGAUUGUAUACAGCCUUGAAUUUACUUGAGCGGUUUCCCCACAAGGCCAGCUCUAUUUUAGUGGUUGCUGAGUUCUUACCGGGAGAUGAACUGAACAGAUUCACCUCUCCCUACGCCGGCGGGAACUUCAGUUGCAUUAGUGGCAGCGACUCGGCGACCUUGGAACAUGACAGGUACACAUACACCAAUUUGAAGCGAGUGUGUGAUCUUUUGGGUGGACCUGAGUGUGGACUAGACUACUGUUAUUCCACUGAGUACUUUGAUGAGAUGCCCUCAGGCCCCAAGAUCAAGUCAAUCGCGUCGUACUUGGACGAGUACCGUGUGUUGGCACCACACGAGUUGAAAGGCGCUGCUUUUGGCAUUCGGUUCAGGUCUUUCAGCUUCAAUUGUCCGGUUUUCUUAGUAAACCUCAAGAAAUACUUGCAGACAAAGGGAGUGCAGUUCAAACGGCAGAAGCUAGAACGCCUUGAAGACGCUUUUGGUGACGGGGUGGAGGUUGUGUUCAACUGCACGGGUCUAGGAGCCUUUAGCCUCAAGGGAGUGGAUGAUAAGGCCGUGUACCCAGUCAGAGGACAAGUGCUUUUAGUGAAGGCACCACACAUCACCGAAAACACCAUGCGAUGGGGCAAGGACUACGCUACGUACUUGAUCAAGCGGCCGUACUCCAACGACCAGUUGAUUUUGGGAGGGUAUAUUCACAAGGGCAAUUGGAGCACAGAUGUUUUGCUGGAGCAGACGAGAGAUAUUUUGGAGAGGACCAGCGAGUUGAUUCCUGAGCUAUUCAGCAAGAACCCCAGGGGCCCACGGGCCGAUGACUUGGAGAUUCUUCGUGGGGCGGCGGGAUUGCGUCCUGGAAGAGAUGGAGGAGUUAGGAUUGAGAGGGAGAAGGUUUACGGUAAGACGGUUAUCCACAAUUAUGGAGCUGGCGGGUACGGGUUUCAGGCGGGAUUGGGGAUGGGUCGAGAUGCGGUUGCAUUAUUGCGGGAGCUGAGGUUGUGAGACGUUAAAUAUCGCCCAAAAGUACAUAAUAAUCUAUAGUCUGGCUGCCAGUAGAAAUAGUUUGCAAUUGUCCUCAGUCGCACUAAUCGCACUAAUCGCACUCAUCCACUCAUCACUCCUCGCCAUGUCACAAAUAUUCGAAUGGGCAUUCGGCAAGAAAUUGACACCCCAAGAGCGGCUCCGCAAGAACCAACGGGCCCUUGAGAAGACCCAGCGUGAGUUGGCCCGAGAAGUCGCCAAGUUGCAGCAGCAGGAAAAAAAAUUGAUUGGUGAUAUCAAAAAGUCCGCCAAACUGGGCCAAAUCUCUAGUGCCAAAGUCCAGGCAAAAGACUUGGUCAGAACAAAGGGCUACAUCACCAAGUUCAACUCCAUGAAAGCACAACUCCAGGCCAUCAGCUUGCGUAUCCAAAGCGUCCGAAGCAACCAACAAAUGGCCACCUCCAUGAGAGAUGCUACCAGAGUAUUAUCAGGUAUGAACCGGCUGAUGAACUUGCCCCAAUUGUCAAGAAUCGCCCAGGAGUUCCAGAGAGAAAACGACAUGAUGGACCAGAAACAAGAGUUUAUGGAUGAUGCCAUCGACGAUGCCAUGGCCUUUGAUGACGAUGAGUUGGGUGAAGAAGAGCAGGUGGACGAGAUCUUAAGCCAGGUAUUGGACGAAAUCGGGGUGUCGUUGAAUGCCACAUUGCAAGACACGCCCAGUGGUAUUGCAAGUGGUCGCCCUGAGCCGCGGGUGGCCCAGGCGGUGGCCGCAGGGGAAGAGGAUGAUUUACAGGCUCGGUUGGAUAGCUUGAAGAAAUAGAUGUAUUUAAUUCUAGAUGUACUGAUGGGCUCUCAAGUACUCAACAAUCUGUUCGGCCGCCUGCUCGAUGGUGAUGUUGUCAUUGACGAUGUGGAUUUCAGCUUUUUCAGGGGCUUCGUACGGAGCAGAGAUCCCGGUGAACUCCUUGAUGAUACCGUCCCUGGCCUUUUUGUAUAAUCCUUUUGGAUCUCUCUUUUCGGCAACCUCGAUGGGAACGUCGAUGUAUACUUCAAUGAAUGGCAAGUUAUCUUUAGCGUGUAACUCUCUGGCAGUUCUUCUAUCAUUUCUGUAGGGACUUAUGAACGAAGUGAUGGUAAAGCAGCACGAAUCGUUGAACAACUUGGCCACUUCGGAGAUUCUUCUGAUGUUUUCAUUUCUGUCGGCCUCACUGAAGCCAAGGUCCUUGUUUAAGCCGAACCGGAUGUUAUCUCCGUCCAAACGGUACGAGUUAUGGCCAUGUUUUAAUAAAUAUUGUUCCAAAGCACAGGCGAUAGUGGACUUUCCACUGGCAGAUAAGCCCGUGAGCCAGAUGGUUAAUCCUUUUUGCUUGGUAAGCGCUUCUCUUUCUUGGUGAGUCAAGUUCUCGUGCCAGGUGAUGUUAGUGGCCAUUUUUGCAGUAGAGAAAACGUUGGGAAGAUGAAAUGAAAAAGUUGGAGGUGAUU